AUGUUUUAUUAUAAAAAAAAAUUGUUUUCUCUUUCUGUUUUGUUUAAUGGGCAAAUAAGAAAUUUUUCUAUAGGAAGAAGAUUAAACGCUCAAUUUUAUGAUAAUGCCAAUGAUGCAAUUCAUGAUAUAAAAGAUGGAUCAAAAUUACUUGUUGGUGGUUUUGGAUUAUGUGGUAUUCCUGAAAAUUUAAUUUCUGCACUUGUUAAAAAGGGUACUAAAAAUUUGACGUGUGUUUCAAAUACUGCUGGUACAGAAAAACAUGGAUUAGGAAGAUUACUGGAGACUAAACAAAUUAGUAAAAUGAUAUCAUCUUAUGUUGGUGAAAAUAAAUUAUUUAUGAAUCAAUAUAUGAAUGGUGAAAUUGAACUUGAAUUUACACCACAAGGUACAUUAGCUGAAAAAAUUAGAGCUGGUGGGGCAGGAAUUCCGGCAUUUUAUACACCAACAGGUUUUGGUACACUUGUUCAAGAAGGUGGUGCACCUGUAAAAUAUUGUCAUAAUGAAAGAAAUAAAAUGAUUAAAGGUAGUAAACCAAAAGAAACAAGAACAUUUAAUGGUAUUAAUUAUGUUAUGGAAGAAGCUAUAACAGGAGAUUUUUCAUUAAUUAAAGCUUGGAAAGCUGAUAAAUUAGGAAAUAUUAUUUUUAGGCAUACUGCUGGUAAUUUUAAUACUUCUAUGUGUAAAGCAUCUAAAUGUACAAUUGUUGAAGUUGAAGAAAUUGUUGAAAUUGGAGAAUUAGAUCCAAAUCAAAUUCAUGUUCCAUCAAUUUACGUUAAUAGAGUUAUUCAAGGAAAAGAUUAUAUUAAACCAAUUGAAAGACCAAUGUUUAAAGAAUCACCUAAUGAUGCAAAAAAUAAAAAAAUUGUAGAAAGUGAUAGUGAAAAAACUCGUAGAAUUAUUGCUUCUAGAGCAGCUUUAGAAUUUAAAAAUGGAAUGUAUGCUAAUCUUGGUAUUGGUAUUCCAACAUUAUGUCCAAAUUAUAUUCCAUCAGGAAUUACUGUUCAUUUACAAACAGAAAACGGUGUUAUUGGAGCUGGACCAUAUCCAGAACGUGGAAAAGAAGAUCCUGAUCUUAUUAAUGCUGGCAAAGAACCUAUAACAUUAUUACCCGGUGCAGCUAUUGUUUCAUCUGAUGAGGCUUUUGCAAUGAUAAGAGGAUCUCAUAUUCAAUUAACAUUACUUGGAGGAAUGCAAGUUUCAAAAUAUGGUGAUCUAGCAAAUUGGAUGGUACCAGGAAAAAUGGUUAAAGGUAUGGGUGGAGCAAUGGAUCUUGUAUCUGCUCCAGGUGCAUGUGUUAUUGUAACAAUGGAACAUGUUGAUAAAGAUGGAAAUCCAAAAAUUUUAGAUGAAUGUAAUUUACCAUUAACAGGAAAAAAUUGUGUCUCUCGUCUCAUUACAAAUAUGGCUGUAUUUGAUGUUUGUAAAAAAGAUGGUUUAACAUUAAUUGAAAUAAGAGAUGACCUAACAGUUGAAGAUAUAAAAACAAAUACUGGAUGCACAUUUAAAAUUAGUAAAAAUUUGAAACCAAUGGGACAAAGUGUUUUGAUACAAUAA